AUGGAUUUGGUCAAUGUUAUCUGCUGUAAAUGUGGCGCCUGCAAAUUGACUUUGGGCGAUCAGAUCCAAAAUGUUAGUGAAUCCCAUCGUAAUGCCGCUCGUAGUUUGGGAAUUGAAGAGCCUAAAUUCUUCAAUCUUGAACACGGUUGUUUAUCCACCCUAUUCGAAUCAAAUAUCAGAGUAUCUAAACCAAGCGAGCAUAUCUAUAAACUCUCUUGCAAGUCUUGUAACAAGCCAUUUUAUAUUUACCUCUCGAAUAACAGAACAAUGGCAAUUACAAAGAAAGGAAAAUAUAAAGCUUCUAGAAGGCUUUCGAAUUCUCUUGAUGACGACGUCUAUUCCAGUUAUAAACCCAAUCCAGAUUCAAUUAGAGACCUUAUUAAGAUCAAAGGAAAUGUUAGAUCCCCUGUAAUGUUACCACAAAUUCAUAAUACUCCAGAUUCUAUAAAGCCAAUGGAGCCUCUUGAGCCUUAUAAUGAUUUUGUUUUUCAAGAUCAAGAGAUAGUUCACGAUUGCAUGUUUGGGUCAUAUAAUUUUGAUUACAUGGCUACUGAGCAAUUUAUUUUCGCUUAG